AGCUACUCCACUACUGCACGGUGCAAAGCAGCGGGCUGUUCGAUUUAAACUCGAAAUUAAUGCUCAAUACCGUCCGCCCAUUGCACGUUUGCACCUCGCCGGGAGCGGACGCACACGUUCCGGUGCUAAGUGUGUUCUGGUGUUGGAUUGUCUCCGAGCGCAGCAGUCAGUCAGUCAGUCCAGUGUCCAGCGUGGAAAUCCAGCGUGUCCAACGUGUGUGUGUGAGUGUUCGGUGUCCCGCUGACCCUUGCUGCCGGUGCUGCUGCGAUGGCGGAGGAGAAGAAGAAAAAGGAAGAGAAGGAGGAAGACCCGUGCUCGGCGUUCGUCGGCCGGUACGUGCUGAAGACGAUGCGCCUGAAGGACGAAAAGUGGCAGAAGCUGAUCGGCAACGAGGAGCUGCGCACGAUCGUGAUGGACUGGGUGCUGCAACCCGCCGUGAUGAAGCUGUUCGUAACGCUCAACAAUGCUGGGGCGCUCGUACCGAGCUACCAUUUCACGUCCACCGCCAAGGGCAAGAUAUGUUACUUCGUCAAGAUCUCGGAGAUGGCUGUGGAGAUUGGGAAAAUUCGUGAGCAAAUCAUAUACGGCGAUCUAACACCGAACCCUAUCGACGAUCUAUCGAUUCUGGUGGAUGAAAUCUUCUACCCCAUGAUUAACAACCCACAAAACCAGGAAGGAUGGCCUACCGCAAUCGUCAAGGACAUCGAUAAUCACGUCCAGGAGCUGCGGAAUAUUAUUUCCGAGGUGAAAGGUAACAUCAUAAAUCAAACGCUUCUGCCGAUGCCUAUUUCUAUCGACAACAUUAUGCAGGUCGGGGAGGAAGUUCUGCAAGGCAACAUCGAUGCAUGCAGUCUGAAAAUGAAAAACUCCCUCGAGGGCAUUAUAAUUAAGUGGGCCUGCCAGAUUAAUGACGUACUGAAGGAGGACUCGUCGCAGGCGUUCAAGGACGGGCGGCACCCGACGCCGGUCGAGGAGAUCAGCUUCUGGGAAUCGCGGCAAAAGAAUCUACGCAACAUCUACGCCCAGCUAACCGAGCCGAAAGCGCGACAAAUUGGCGUUAUACUCGAGGGUAUCGAUUCGGUGUACUCGUCCUCGUUCAAGAAGACGUUCAAGCACGUCGUACAGGCGGUACACGAGGCGGACGACAUUUCGCUCUACUUGAAGCCGCUGCGUAAAACAUUCGAAACAUUCGAGAGUACCGAUUUCACCGAUUCAGCGGAUAUGAUUUCCCCGAUGCUUCAUCUCGUGUGCCUGGUGUGGGCCAACUCGUGCUACUACGGUAUCAACUCGCGGUUAGUGAUUCUGUUCAAAAUGAUAAGCAACAUGAUGAUAGCGGAGGCGAGCAAAUCCCUCGAUCCGGGCUCGCUGUUCCAGGGCGAGGUCGAUGAGUCAUUGAUCAAAAUUAGCCAAAUCAUUGAUUCGCUGGAAUUCUACAAAUCCGAGUUUCAUGACUUUCGCUCACGGUUGAGCGAGUUCGAGAAACCCAACACCCAACCCAUCAACUGGACGUUUCGCGCGCGGGACAUUUUCGAUCGGCUCGACAUCUACAUCGUGCGGUUGAACGAAAUAAAGGAUAUUUUCAACACGGCGGCCGAGUUUAAGAAGCUCGAAAAGGUGGAAAUCGGCGGGCUGCGGGGUCGAGCGAUCAGCCGCAAGAUACAGGAGAUCUACGACGACUACAACAAGCUCUACCAGCGCUGGGGAUCGAUCCAGUACGAUCCGCUCGAUCCCGACCCAAAGUUGCUGGGGUUCGCCAAGGACCGGCAGCGCUACAUCGAGAAGGCAAGCGUGCUGGAGCGACGGCUGGCCGCCCAGUUCGUGCUUGCCUUUGAGGAGUGCUUCAACGUGGAGCAGCUGAUGAAGCUGGUGCAGGUGCUGGGCAGUCUGCUGAACCGGCCCCUCAUACAGCCGGACGUGUCCACCAAGAUCGAAAGCAUUGUGGCGCUGUUCGAUGCCGAUCUGAACGCGAUGCGGCUCAUUUACGAAACCGGCUGCGAGGAGUACCGGCAAAAGGGCUUAAAGGGAAUUCCCAUCGAUGAUGGAUUCCCGCCCGUCGCUGGAGCAAUUGCCUGGGUGCACAAGCUGCAGGAUCGCAUCAAAAAGCCGCUCACGGAGCUGGCGAUGAUCGAUCUACCAAUAUUCGGCAACGAACUGGGUCAACGGGUGCUGCAGAAAGCGGACCGGUUGAAGGAACAGCUGGAGGACUUUGAGCAGCAACUGUUCUCCGCCUGGGUGGCGGAUGUCACCAAGCAUAUCAACAAUUUCAUGAGCAAACCACUGCUCAGCCGUACCGAUCCCCGGCUGCUGGAGAUGAACUUCAACCAGGUACUGCAAACCAUCAUGGCCGAGGUCCGCUAUCUGCGGUGCAUGAAAGCGGUCAACAUACCGGAGAAGGCCCAGCAGUACUACGCAACGGGGGAAGCGCUCUGGGCGGCUCGGAUGAAGCUGUCGCGCAUUGUGGAGUGGUACAACGAAAUAUGCAAAACCUGCGCACCGUGCGAGUUCGAGCUGAUCCAGAAGGAGAUCGAUGAGAUCGAUGACAUCCUCGGGGAUGCGUGCUCGGGUCGGAUCGAUUGGAAUAACUUCAGCCAAAGCUUCAUCGACGGGCUGUACGACAAGCUGUACAACCUGUACUCCCGGGUGCUGAAGGCGAAGGCAAACAUCAAGAAGGUACAGAACAGCAUCCGCAGCUGGGGCAAGAUACCGCUCUACGAACGGUUGAAUGGAGAUAACGCCUCGCUUAUCAACAUUGAAAACCGCUCGCUGAUCGUGCAGCGGCGUCUAGAGGCGUGCCUGGAAACGAAGAAGCUUAUCGAGAAGGUGAUGGAUGAAAACUUCAAGCUGUAUUUCGACUAUCUUGUCGCUUUGUCGGAAGAGAAGCUAUCAUCCACCACCAGCGCUACUGGAUCGCAGCGUAGGAGCAGCAUGGCGAUGCCGGUAGGUGCUGCUGCGGAGGAACAAGAGGAACAACGACCACCUAGUGUAGUCCUCGAUGCUCCAGAAGCGGAGGAAGACCCAUCGGGAGCUGAUACGCUGGACGAUGUGCCGUCCCUCGACCAGUCGGAGCUCGGAAAGAACCUCUCCCAGCUGGAGCUGUUCCGUCCGUAUGAAGAGUAUGUAGAUUCAAUACUGUCGAAAGAAAUUAUGGAAGCUGUACACGUGAGCGUGAAGUACAUCAAGUUUGAAAUGGAAAACCGCCUCGGGCACAACACUCCAAUCUUCGAGAUCAAGUACGAGCUGCAUCCGCCAGAUACGCGCUUCUGUCCUUCGCUGGAUCCGUACGAUCCGGACGGGUUCUUUGCUUUGGUUGAAAGCAUGAUCACUGACAUCUACUGCAUGUCGGACAUGAUACCGAGAGUUGCCCAACCGGCCGAGAGUGAGCGUACCGACGAGGAAGGGAAUGUAUAUCCGGAAACGUAUGUGUCUCACUUAAGCAACAACGACGCUAUCGAGCGUAUGAAGCACUCGAUCAUGCUGAUGGUGAUUCAAUCUACCCGCGAUGCCGAAAAGUACGUUAAACAGUUCGACAACUACAACUAUCUCUGGCUGGACGAUAAGCACAGUGUGCUGGCACAGUUUCUCAAGUACGGACGGCCGCUCACGCAGGACGAGAUGGAAAUGUUGCUCUCCACCGAAACGCCCCUCAAGGAGGUCGCCCCAACGCUGGAACAGUUCAAGGCCCAGAUCGACAGCUACAUCGAUCUGUUUGACGAGGUGUACCAGACGGAGGUGUCGCACGUGUUCGACACGUGGCUGUUGGUCGACUUUCGGCAUUUCAAGCACAAGCUGCUGCACGAAAUAGGCAAGUGGUCCAACAUCUACAAGCAAACGCUGAUCGAUCGCGUGGUUAUCAGCUUGCAGGAGCUGGAAGAGUUUAGCAUCGAGUGCGACGAAGUGCUGGGGCUCGAAGCCGCCGAGGAGGACUUCCCCACGCUGCUCAAGAUACUGUCCGUGCUGAACAAAAUCAAGGAGCGGGAAACGGCCACGGACAACAUGUUCGAGCCGCUGAAGGCGACCGUCGAUUUGCUGAAAACCUACAACGUAGAGUUCAACGAGACGGUCUACAAGCAGUUUACCGAGCUGCCCGAGCGUUGGCUGCACAUGAAGAAGACGGCCCAGAAGGUGCGGGAAAAGAUUGCCCCGGCGCAAGCGUACCAGGUGGAUCUCAUUCGCAAGCGCAUCAGCCUGUUCGACAUCCGCAUGAAGCUGUACCGGGAUGGGUUCAAGAAGCUGCCCUGCUUCAAGGUCCCCUGCAAGAACGUGUACGACAUUUGCGAUCAGGUGAACCUGGAGCUGAACAUCAUGGAGACGCAGCUGAAGAAUCUCAGCGACUCGGCGAGCCUGUUCGAGCUGAGCCCGCCGGACGAUACGAAGCUGCGGCUGUGCCGGAAGGAGGUGAAAAUGUUGAAGCAAAUCUGGGACUUUGUCUACACGGUUGAAUCGUGCGUGAACGAUUGGAAGAAAACAUCCUGGAAGAAGAUUGACGUUGAGGCGAUGGACGUCGAGUGUAAGAACUAUGGCAAGCAGAUUCGCCAGCUGGACAAGGACAUGCGUAACUGGGCACCGUAUCUGCAUCUGGAGGCGAUCCUGAAGAAUCUCAUGACAUCGCUGCGUGCCAUUACGGAGUUGCAGAAUCCGGCCAUCCGCGAGCGUCAUUGGUUUGAGCUGAUGCAAGCUACCAAGCUGAUACAAACAUAUGGGAAAGAAAUGCUGGUACGCUUCCAAAUGGUAGACUCAACCACACUGGCCGACCUGCUCGAGCUGAAUCUGCACAACUACGAGGAAGAGGUGAAAGGCAUCGUGGACAAAUCGGUCAAGGAGAUGUCCAUGGAGAAAAUGCUCAAGGAUCUGGAGGUCGCGUGGAAGGAUCUGCAGUUCGAGUUCGAUCCGCACGAGCGCACCCACCUGAAGCUGCUGAAAAUCUCGGAAGAAGUCAUGGAGAUGCUGGAGGAAAACCAGGUGCAGCUGCAGAACCUGCUGUCCUCCAAGUAUGUCGCCUACUUCCUCGAGCAGGUGUCCCGCUGGCAGCUGUCCCUCUCGAAUGCCGACUGCGUCAUCACGGCCUGGUUCGAGGUGCAGCGCAAGUGGAUGUACCUGGAGAGCAUCUUCAUCGGGUCGGAGGACAUCCGCAACCAGCUGCCCGAGGACUCGAAGCGCUUCGACAACAUCGACAAGGAGUUCAAGCAGCUGCUGGCCGGCAUCGUGGCCAAUCCGAACAUCGUCAAGGCGACCAACCGGCCCGGGCUGUACGAGAAGCUGGAGAGCCUGCUCGAGCAGCUCAUACUGUGUGAGAAAGCCCUCAACGACUAUCUGGAAACGAAGCGGCUCGCCUAUCCACGCUUUUACUUUGUGUCGUCCGCCGAUCUGCUCGACAUCCUGUCGAACGGCAACCAGCCGGAGCUGGUGGCGAAACAUCUGACCAAGCUGUACGAUUCCAUCGCCAAGCUGCGGUUCGACAAGAGCUCCAACAAAACCGCCAUCGGUAUGGUGUCGAAGGAGAACGAGGAGUUUGUCCAGUUCAAGGACGAGUGUGACUGCGACGGGAAGGUGGAGAUAUGGCUGAACCGCAUCACCGACUCGAUGCGCAUCACGCUGCGCGACCUGUUCGAGCGCUCCGUGACGGCGUACGAGGAGAAGCCGCGCGACUCGUGGAUUUUCGACUGGCCCGCCCAACCGGCCCUGUGCGCGACCCAGAUCUGGUGGACGACCGAGGUGAACGUGGCGUUUGCCAAGCUCGAGGAGGGCUACGAGAGCGCACUGAAGGACUACCAGAAGAAGCAGAUCCUGCAGCUGAACGCGCUCAUCGUGCUGCUCUGCGGCGAGCUUAGCCAGGGCGAUCGGCAAAAGAUUAUGACCAUCUGCACGAUAGACGUGCAUUCGCGCGACGUCGUGGCCAAAAUGAUACUGCAGAAGGUGGAGACGGGCCAGGCGUUCCAGUGGCAGAGCCAGCUGCGCCACCGGUGGGACGAUAAGCUGGGCGACUGCUUCGCAAACAUUUGCGAUGCCCAGUUCCGGUACGAUUACGAGUAUCUGGGCAACACGCCCCGGUUGGUAAUUACGCCGCUAACGGAUCGGUGCUACAUCACCCUCACGCAGUCGCUGCAUUUAAUCAUGGGCGGUGCACCGGCCGGACCGGCCGGCACGGGCAAAACCGAAACGACCAAGGAUCUCGGCCGGGCGCUCGGCAUCAUGGUGUACGUGUUUAACUGCUCCGAGCAGAUGGACUACAAAUCGUGCGGCAACAUCUACAAGGGCUUAUCGCAAACCGGCGCCUGGGGAUGCUUCGACGAGUUCAACCGCAUCUCCGUCGAGGUGCUGUCCGUCGUGGCGGUGCAGGUCAAAUCGAUACAGGAUGCGAUCAAGGGCAAGAAAAGCAUAUUUAACUUUAUGGGCGAAACCAUCUCGCUCAUUCCAACCGUGGGCAUUUUCAUCACCAUGAACCCGGGCUACGCCGGUCGUACCGAGCUGCCGGAGAAUCUGAAAGCGCUCUUCCGGCCGUGCGCGAUGGUCGUGCCGGACUUUGAGCUGAUCUGCGAAAUCAUGCUCGUGGCGGAAGGCUUCCAGGAGGCCCGGCUGCUGGCCCGCAAGUUCAUCACGCUCUACACGCUGUGCAAGGAGCUGCUGUCCAAGCAGGACCACUACGAUUGGGGACUGCGUGCGAUCAAGUCGGUGCUGGUCGUGGCGGGAUCGUUGAAGCGAAGCGAUCGAGAGCGGCCCGAGGAUCAGGUGCUGAUGCGAGCGCUGCGUGACUUUAACAUACCGAAAAUCGUCACCGACGAUGUGCCCGUGUUUAUGGGGCUUAUAGGCGAUCUGUUUCCCGCGCUCGAUGUGCCGCGAAAGCGAUCGCCCGACUUUGAGAAGCUGAUACGCCGCUCGACGCAGGAGAUGAAGCUGCAGCCGGAGGAUAGCUUCAUCCUCAAGGUGGUCCAGCUGGAGGAACUGUUCGCGGUGCGCCACUCGGUCUUCAUCGUCGGCAAUGCCGGCACGGGCAAGACGCAGGUCUGGAAGGCGCUGUUCAAGACGUACCAGAACCAGAAGCGCAAGCCACACUUUAACGACCUCAACCCGAAGGCGGUCACGAACGACGAGCUGUUCGGCAUCAUCAAUCCGGCCACGCGCGAGUGGAAGGACGGGCUGUUUUCCGUGAUCAUGCGCGACCAGGCGAACAUGCCCGGCACGGGACCGAAGUGGAUCGUGCUGGACGGUGACAUCGAUCCGAUGUGGAUCGAAAGCUUGAACACGGUGAUGGACGACAACAAGGUGCUGACGCUGGCGAGCAACGAGCGCAUUGCGCUGACGAAGGAGAUGCGCCUGCUGUUCGAAAUCUCCAACCUGCGCACCGCGACCCCGGCGACGGUGUCCCGGGCCGGCAUCCUGUACAUCAACCCGCAGGAUUUGGGCUGGAAUCCGUUCGUCGCGUCGUGGAUCGAUUCGCGCGAAACGCAGGCCGAGAAGGGCAUCCUGUCGGUGCUGUUCGACAAGUACAUACCGCCGCUGAUGGACGCGCACAAGCGGUUCAAAAAGAUAACGCCCAUCUCGGAGAUUGCGAUGAUACAGAUGACCUGCCAUCUGCUGGACUGCCUGCUGACGCCGCAGAACCUGCCACCCGAGUGUCCGAAGGAGUGGUACGAGAUAUACUACGUGUUUGCGGUGAUCUGGGGCUUCGGGUCGUCGCUGUACCAGGACCAGCUGGUCGACUGGCGGACCGAGUUUCACAAGUGGUGGAUCAACGAGUUUAAGGCGAUCCGCUUCCCGCCCGGUGGCACCAUCUUCAGCUACUACAUCGAUCCGGAAACGAAGAAGUUCAACCCCUGGACCGAGCUGGUACCGUCGUUCGAGCUCGACACGGACAUUCCGCUGCAGUCGAUGCUGGUGCCGACGACGGAGACGACGCGGCUGCGCUGGUUCAUGGACAUACUGAUCGAGGACAAGCACCCGGUGAUGCUGGUCGGUGGGGCGGGCUCGGGCAAGAGCGUCAUCGUGGCGGACAAGCUGAGCAGCCUGUCGUACAAGUACGCGGUGACGAACGUGCCGUUCAACUUCUACACCACCUCGGAGAUGCUGCAGCGCGUGCUGGAGAAGCCGCUGGAGAAGAAGGCGGGCCGCAACUACGGGCCGCCGGGCAACAAGACGAUGGUGUACUUCGUGGACGACAUGAACAUGCCGGAGGUGGACACGUACGGCACGGUGCAGCCGCACACGCUCAUCCGCCAGUUCAUGGACUACCGGCACUGGUACGAUCGGGCCAAGCUGUCGCUGAAGGACAUCCACAACUGCCAGUUUGUGUCGUGCAUGAACCCGACGGCCGGCUCGUUCACGAUCGACCCGCGGCUGCAGCGCCACUUUUGCGUGUUUGCCGUCAGCUUCCCGAGCGGCGAUCCGCUGUACCACAUCUACUACUCGGUGCUGUCGCAGCAUCUGUCCAACCCGCUGAACAAGUUCAACCUGGCGACGCAGAAAAUCUGUGCCGCGCUGGUCACGUGCGCCCUCAACCUGCACACCAAGAUGGGGCAGAUGUUUCUGCCGACGGCGGUCAAGUUUCACUACGUGUUUAACAUGCGCGACCUGGCCAACAUCUUCCAGGGCAUGCUGUUCGGGAACGGGGAGACGUGCGCCGAGCCGAACCAGCUGAUCCGCCUGUGGGCGCACGAGGCGACGCGCGUCUACGGCGACAAGCUGGUGGAGGAGCGGGACAUUGACAACUUCAACAAGCUGAUCGUGGACGUGGUGAAGAAGUCGUUCGAGGAGAUGGACGAGACGAAGGUCUUCUCUAAGCCCAUCAUCUACUCGCACUUUGCGGAGGGACUCACCGAUCCGAAGUACAUGCCGGUGGCGAGCUGGGAGACGCUGAACAAAACGCUGGAGGAGGCCCAGUCCAACUACAACGACAUGAUCGGGGCGAUGAAUCUGGUGCUGUUCGAGGACGCGAUGAGCCACAUCUGCCGGAUCAGUCGCAUUCUGGAGGGACCGCGUGGGAACGCGCUGCUCAUCGGUGUCGGUGGCUCGGGCAAGCAGUCGCUGUCGCGGCUGGCCGCCUUCAUAUCGGGCCUGGAGGUGUUCCAGAUCCAGCUGCGCAAGGGCUACAGCAUCGCGGACCUGAAGGCGGACCUGGCGGUGCUGUACAUGAAGGCGGGCGUCAAAAACGUCCCCUGCAUGUUCCUGAUGACGGACGCGCAGGUCGCCGAGGAGUCGUUCCUGGUGCUGAUCAACGAUCUGCUAGCGUCCGGCGAGAUACCGGAGCUGUUCCCGGAGGACGAGAUCGACAACAACAUCAUCAACGCGCUGCGCAACGAGGUGAAGCAGCUGGGCAUGAUGGACACGAAGGAGAACUGUUGGAAAUACUUCAUCGAGAAGGUGAGGAAAUCGUUGAAGCUGGUGCUGUGCUUCUCGCCUGUCGGCUCUACGCUACGUGUUCGGGCGCGCAAGUUCCCGGCGAUUGUGAACUGUACGGCCAUCAAUUGGUUCCACGAGUGGCCCAAAAAUGCGCUCGAGUCGGUGUCGACGAGGUUCCUGUCGGAAAUCGAGGUUUUGCCGCCCGAGCUGGUUGAACCGAUCGCCGUGUUCAUGUCGUACGUGCACGGUACCGUCAACGAAAUGUCACAAACGUACCUGCAGAACGAGCGGCGCUACAACUACACCACACCGAAGUCGUUCCUCGAGCUGAUCUCGCUCUACGCCAAGCUGCUGACGGACAAGACGCUCGAGCUGCACGAUCGCAUCCACCGGCUGGAGAGCGGCAUCCUCAAGCUGGCCGAGUGUGCCAAGCAGGUGGACUCGCUGCAGCUCCAGCUGGCCGACCAGGAGAUCGUGCUGAAGGUGAAGAACGAGGAGGCGGACAAGCUGAUCAAGGUGGUCGGGGCGGAGAACGAGAAGGUACAGAAGGAGAAGAACAUUGCCGCCGAGGAGGAGCUGAAGGUGCGCGUCAUCGAGGAGGAUGUCGGGGCGAAGGCGCGCGUCUGCGAGGAAGAUCUGCGCAAGGCGGAGCCGGCCCUGCUCGCCGCCCAGGCGGCCCUCGACACGCUCGACAAGACGAACCUGACCGAGCUGAAAUCGUUCGGGUCGCCGCCGGACGCGGUCGUCAAUGUGUGCGCGGCCGUGCUGGUGCUGUUCUCGCCCAAGGGCAAAAUCCCGAAGGACCGCAGCUGGAAGUCGUGCAAGAUGAUCAUGAACAAGGUGGACGUGUUCCUGAACGAUCUGCUGUACUACGACAAGGAGCACAUCCAUCCGGACGUGAUCAAGGCGCUGCAGCUGUACCUGCGCGAUCCCGAGUUCGAUCCGGACAAGAUACGGGCCAAGUCGAUCGCGGCCGCCGGGCUGAGCGCCUGGGUCAUCAACAUACACCGGUUCUACGAGGUGUACCAGGUGGUGGAGCCGAAGCAGCGCGCCCUCAACGAGGCGCAGACCGAGCUGAAGGACGCGCAGGACAAGCUGAUGGAGCUCGAGUCGAAGAUUACCGAGCUGGAGGACAAGCUGGGCGUGAUCGAGGCGGCGUUCAACAAUGCGCUCGCGGAGAAGCAGAAGUGCCAGGACGAGGCGGACAAGACGGCGUUCACGAUCGACCUGGCGCAUCGUCUGGUGAACGGGCUGGCAUCGGAGAAUGUGCGCUGGCGGGAAUCGAUAGCCAUGCUGAAGGGCCAAACGGUGACCCUGCCGGGCGAUGUGCUAUUGGUGGCCUGCUUUAUCAGCUAUGUCGGCUGCUUCACCAGACGAUACCGCGUCGAGCUGCAGGAGCGGCUGUGGAUACCGACGUUCCGCAUGUCCCGCCCGAUGAUCCCGUUCACGGAGGGUGUCGAUCCGCUCAGCCUGAUCUGUGACGAUGCGAUGAUCGCGUCGUGGAACAACGAGGGCCUGCCGUCGGAUCGGAUGUCGGCGGAGAACGCCACCAUACUGACGUACUCGUCCCGCUGGCCGCUCAUGAUCGAUCCGCAGCUACAGGGCAUCAAAUGGAUCAAGCAAAAGUAUGGUGACGAGCUGACGGUGCUGCGGCUGACCGUGCGCGGCUACCUGGACGUGAUCGAGCGGUGCGUGGUGAACGGGAAGAUACUGCUGAUCGAGAACAUCGGCGAAACGGUCGACGCGGUGCUGGACCCGCUGCUCGGCCGGAUGCUCGUCAAGAAGGGCCGCUGCCUGCGGAUGGGCGAGAAGGAGAUCGACUACAAUCCCAGCUUCCAGCUCAUCCUGCAGACGAAGCUGGCCAACCCGCACUACAAGCCGGAGAUGCAGGCGCAGACGACGCUCAUCAACUUCACCGUCACGCGCGACGGCCUCGAGGAGCAGCUGCUGGCCGAGGUGGUGAAGGCCGAGCGGCCCGAUCUGGAGAAGCAAAAGGCGGACCUGACGACCGAGCAGAACCGGUUCAAGAUCACGCUCAAGCUGCUGGAAGACGACCUCCUUAGUCGCCUCUCGUCGGCCGGUGAGAAUGUGCUGGAGGACGCCUCGCUCGUGCUGAACCUGGAGAAGACGAAGAAAACGGCGGCCGAGGUCGAGAUCAAGGUGCGGGAGAGCCGGAAAACCUCGGAAGCGAUCGACGUCGCGUUCGAAAGCUACCGGUCGGCGGCCGAGCGUGCCUCCAUACUGUACUUCAUCCUGAACGAUCUGCACAAGAUCAACCCGAUCUACCAGUUCUCGCUGAAGGCGUUCACGACCGUGUUUAAGGACGCGAUCGCGAAGACGCCGCCCGCCGACAAGCUGAAGGAGCGCGUCGCCAACCUGAUCGAGUCGAUCACGUUCGCGGUGCACAUGUACACCACGCGCGGCCUGUUCGAGAAGGACAAGCUGAUCUUCAUGGCGCAGAUGGCGAUCCAGAUACUGCUGCACGCGAAGGAGAUCGAUCCGGGCGAGCUGGACUUCCUGCUGCGCUUCCCGUACACGCCGAACCUGACCUCGCCGUUCGACUUCCUGUCCAACAGUGGGUGGGGCGGCAUCAAGGCGCUCGCCAACAUGGACGAGUUCCGGGCGCUCGACAAGGACAUCGAGGGGUCGGCCAAGCGGUGGCGCAAGCUGACCGAGUCGGAGUGCCCGGAGCGGGAGAAGAUGCCGGGCGAGUGGAAGAACAAGAAUGCGCUGCAGCGGCUGUGCAUUAUGCGGUGCCUGCGCCCGGACCGGAUGACGUACGCGAUCCGGUACUUUGUGGAGGAGAAGCUGGGCGCCCGGUACGUGGAGGCGCGCACGGUUGAGUUUGCCCGCUCGUUUGAGGAGUCGAGCGCGAGCACGCCGGUGUUCUUUAUCCUUUCGGCCGGCGUCGACCCACUGAAGGAUGUGGAGAAGCUGGGCAAGAAGAUGCGGUUCGCGUCGGACUACGGCAACUUUUACAACGUGUCGCUCGGGCAGGGGCAGGAGGUGGUGGCCGAGGCGGCGAUGGACGUCGCGUGCAAGGAGGGCCACUGGGUGGUGCUGCAAAACAUUCACCUCGUCGCGAAGUGGCUGCCGACGCUGGAGAAAAAGAUGGAAGCCACGCAGGAGGGCGCACACGCCAACUACCGGCUGUUCAUUAGCGGCGAGCCGGCCCCGUCCGCCGAGUACCACAUCAUACCGCAGGGCAUCCUCGAGUCGGCCAUCAAGAUCACGAACGAGCCGCCGACGGGGAUGCUGGCGAACGUGCACAAAGCGCUGGACAACUUCAACCAGGAGACGCUGGAAAUGUGCGGCAAAGAGGCCGAGUUCAAGGCGAUUCUGUUCUCUCUGUGCUAUUUCCAUGCGGUGGUCGCGGAGCGGCGCAAGUUCGGCCCGCAGGGCUGGAACCGCUCGUACCCGUUCAACGUGGGCGACCUGACGAUCAGCGUGUACGUGCUGUACAACUACCUGGAGGCGAACAACCGGGUGCCGUGGGAGGAUCUGCGCUACCUGUUCGGCGAGAUCAUGUACGGCGGCCACAUCACGGACGACUGGGACCGGCGGCUCUGUCGGACGUACCUGGAGGAGUUUAUGCAGCCGGAGCUGGUCGAUGGGGAUCUGAACUUUGCCACCGGCUUUCCGGCCCCGCCCAACCUCGACUACGUCGGCUACCACAACUACAUCGACGACAAUCUGCCGUCCGAGUCGCCGCAUCUGUACGGGCUGCAUCCGAACGCGGAGAUCGGCUUCCUCACCACGCUGUCCGAGCAGGCGUUCAAAACCAUCUUCGAGCUGCAGCCGCGCGAUUCGGGCGCCUCGAGCGGCAGCUCCAUCAGCCGGGAGGACGUGGUGAAGAACAUCAUCGACGAUUUUCUCGACAAGCUGCCGGAGGAGUUCAACAUGCUGGAGCUGAUGGCACGCGUCGAGGAUCGGACGCCGUUCAUCAUCGUCGCGUUUCAGGAGUGCGAGCGCAUGAACAUACUGGUGCGGGAGGUGAAGCGGUCGCUGCGGGAGCUGCUGCUCGGGCUGAAGGGCGAGCUGACCAUCACGACCGACAUGGAGACGCUCGAGGGGGCGCUGUUCUUCGACCAGGUGCCGGACAACUGGACCAAGCGCGCGUACCCGUCGAUGUGCGGGCUGCAGUCGUGGUUCGCCGACCUGCUGAUCCGCAUCAAGGAGCUGGAGGCGUGGUCGAACGACUUCAAUCUGCCGUCCUCGGUGUGGCUGGCCGGGUUCUUCAAUCCGCAGAGCUUCCUCACGGCCAUCAUGCAGCAGACGGCGCGCAAGAACGAGUGGCCGCUGGACAAGAUGUGCCUCAGCUGCGACGUGACGAAGAAGUGGAAGGAGGACUUUAGUGCGCCGCCGCGCGAGGGCGCCUACGUGAACGGGCUGUUCAUGGAGGGCGCCCGGUGGGACGUGAGCGUCGGCUCGAUCGCGAACUCGCUCAUGAAGGAGCUGUUCCCCCAGAUGCCGGUCAUCUACAUCAAAGCCAUCACGCAGGACAAGCAGGAGACGAAAAACAUUUACGAGUGUCCGGUCUACAAAACGCGAACCCGGGGCCCAACGUUUGUGUGGACGUUCAACUUGAAAACGAAGGAAAAGUCCGCCAAAUGGACACUCGGCGGUGUUUGUCUGCUGCUGCAGGUUUAAGCAAACAUCCCGGACCCCAAAUUGUGCAGUGCAAAAUGGAGCGUAUCGCACGUGUGUGGAAAAGUAAAGUAAUUGAAAUGGAUUUUUGUGAAUUGAUGCUACGGGGCACGCUAUGAUUUAACGUUGGAUUGAAAUAAAAUGCAAAUUUG